ACAUGGCCUGUGGGAUAAGUUGGUAUGAUGUUGGUGAUUAAAUAAAUGUGAAUUUGCCAUUAUCACGAGAUUGCGGCUACUUGCUAUGAAAAGCAGGCGUAGAGCUGCUGCAUUAGUUGUUUAUCGCCGUUUUGCGAUCCGCCCAGACUUUGCUGUCCGCAACUCUCCAAUCUUCACUACAAAUGUCGCUACCCACCCAAUUGCGCAUUCACCAAGUUUUUUAUUCAGUAUAAGAUUUAAGAAAGCUGUCUUGAGAAAUCCAUCCACAUGCCUGCAGAUUCGGCUCCCCUUGACGCCAAGGUCUCUGCGCUCCUUGAGCAGCAGCAAUCGAAGAUUGGCCCCGAUGACCUUGACGAGGACGCCCUUUUCGAAGCGCUAGAAAACGAAGACAACUCCGCAUAUCGCGCUCAUCGCAUGGAGCAACUACACAGCGAACUCGCAUCUGCGAAAGAAGCCUUUAAACGUAACGCUGCUUUGGGGGCAACAGCCACCUCCUCCGAUGGACUCUAUCCUACUUUGCCGAGCGAUCAAGUAGUCCUAGACCUAACUACGAACAAUGAGCGUUGUAUCGUGCAUUUCUCCCAUCCGGACUUCAAUCGCUGUGCCAUAAUGGAUGAGCAUUUACGAAUUCUGGCUUCUCGCCAUUAUGAAGUCCGUUUUGCCCGCGUGGAUGUGCGGGAUUGUCCGUUCCUUGUCGAGAAACUGGGUAUACGAGUGUUGCCAUGUGUCAUUGGUUUUAUUGACGGUAUCGGCAAGGAACGAAUCGUUGGAUUUGACGGUCUAAGUAGUGUUCGGGGACGAGAUGGUGUAGAUGGGUUCAACACCACGGAGUUGGAGAGCCGGUUCUUGGGGGGCAAUGUUCUUGUCAGGGGGAAGUUGGUUGAGGGAGGACCCGGUAUUCAUAAUCGAGACAGUGACAGUGAUGACGAAGAAGCAAAAGGGCGCGGAAUCCGUAGUGGAACUGUAGGUCGACAUAAAAACGAUGAUGACGACGACAAUGACGACGACUGGGAUUGAGAUUCAGCCUAGAGGUGUUGUCGAAAUUCAUGUAUAGAAGCAUGAUUGUUGGGUCGAAUAUACAUCGAAACCUAGCGACUCAACUGAGGUGCUAGCCAGGGCUAUGCUAUACUCGUUGAACAGGAGUUCAACUGUAGCAGACAAGCUAUGGUUAAAGAGGGAUUACAUGUUGUCGCAACGCAACGUCAUACGCAGAUGUCCUUGUACCUUCAGAAAGAAAACGAUAUUUCGCUAUGCUCUAAUGCUAACGAAUUAUAUCACAAAGCAUUUUCUCUCAGCGGGAGUUGCUAGCGUCCCCAUCAAUACUGUACAUAAAAGGUGUAUAUAAAGCAGAGACUUAUUGUAUGACAAAACUGGCUCAAAUUGACAGCUUCCAGGAUCCAUUACUUGAGGAAGCUCGUUAUCAAUACACAUAUUGCUCAUGUUUGCUCGAGU